AAGUGGCAAGCAAGCCGAGCUGCAGUGUUGCUUCAAUGUGUACUACAAAAUGUUUGCUGUUGCAUGGCUGCGGCAAGCCAGCUCAACAACAACAACAACAACAACAGCAACAGCAACAACUAAGCAACUAACUUGUGUGUCCAGCAACAACAAAAGCAACAAAAAUGUGCUGCCACUAGAAUUUUGGCUUCAAUUGUAUGAAAAUUUAUGCAAAUCAAAGCCGAGCGAUGACUGCGUGGCAAGCAACACAACAGCAACAGCGACAGCAGCAACAACGGCAACAGCCGGCAACAACAACGUGCAACAACAACGGAGGAAACAACUUUGUUGCCGCACAGCCGCCGUCGCGUCAUUGCCAUUUGCAUUUAAUUGUUGUGAUUAUCUUGGCCUGCUGCACACGCUGGUUGUAUGGCUUGCCGGACGGACGUGCCACGUGCCGCUCGGUUCCAGGUCUGACCAAGGAUCAGCUGGAGCUAUGCUACAAGGCAAGUGAUGUAACAGCUGCUGCUCUGGAGGGCCUGGAUAUGGCUAUACGGGAAUGCCAAAUACAGUUUCAGUGGCAUCGCUGGAACUGCUCGUCUCUGAGCACGAAGAGCCGCAAUCCGCAUGCCUCCAAUCUGCUCAAGAAAGGCUAUCGGGAGAGCGCAUUUGCCUUUGCCAUUUCAGCGGCCGGGGUGGCCCACAGUGUGGCUCGCGCCUGCAGCCAAGGUCGUUUGAUGUCCUGCGGCUGUGAUCCGACCAUUAAUCGGAAGACACUCAACAAAAAUCUGCGCCAGUCGCUCGACAAGGAGAAGAAACAAUUUCUCCAAUAUCUGGAGACGAAUCAAAUCCUAACGCCCGAGGAAGAAAAGAAAUACGAACGCUCCAAAAUCGCCAGUCGCUGGAAAUGGGGCGGCUGCUCUCACAACAUGGACUUUGGUGUGGAAUAUUCCAAGCUAUUUCUUGAUUGUCGCGAAAAGGCCGGCGAUAUACAAUCCAAAAUUAAUCUGCACAACAAUAAUGCGGGCCGCAUGGCCGUAUCAAACAAUAUGGAGUUCCGCUGUAAGUGUCACGGCAUGUCCGGUAGCUGCCAGCUAAAGACCUGCUGGAAAUCGGCACCCGAUUUCCAUAUCGUGGGCAAAGUGCUGAAGCAUCAGUUUCGCAAGGCCAUUCUGGUGGAUCAAUCGAAUCUUGGCAAUGGUGAGCCGGUUGUGGUACUAAAUCGAGCACGCAAUAAGAAAUCAAACGGAGGCAACGGCGCCGGUGGCUCCUCGGAUAUGGCUGGCGCCGAUGCGUCUGGCACGAUGGCGGGUCACGGGAUCCAGCGCGACUUGGACGCCGAACAAGGCACACGCCAGCCCAAAGGUGAUAAGAACGCGGCCCGCAUGGCACGCAAGCUGGAGACGUCGCUCUUCUAUUAUCAGCGCUCGCCCAACUUUUGUGAGCGCGACCUGGGCGCAGAUAUUCAGGGCACAGCUGGUCGAAAAUGUAAUCGCAAUUCCACGACCAGCGACGGCUGCGCCUCCCUCUGCUGUGGGCGUGGUCACAGCCAAGUUAAGGAACGACGCGCCGAACGCUGUCGAUGUAAAUUUCAAUGGUGCUGUAGCGUCGAGUGCGAUGAGUGUCACGUGGAGGAGUGGAUAAGUGUGUGCAAUUGAGCAGCGGAGGCAAUGAGAACUGAUAAAAGACUUCUCUUCAAUUAGCGGCAGCAACUAAAAUAACAACAAUAUCGAAAUACAUUUAUUUAUGCAAACAGAAACAUAUUUCUAGAUUAAAACACUUAAUAUUGGACAACUAUAGGACUACCAUCGAUGGAUCCAUUAUGUGAAUGUGUAUAUUUAAUGUUUAGCUUAGCGGUCGAUCCCAUUUACGAAUACUUGUAAAUACAAAUAAUAAGAUGCACGAUUAGAGUCUGUCAAUCAGCUGACUUCUAUUCAAUUCUAUCUCUCUGUCUCUUAAUCCCCCAGUUUUUCCGCGUUUCUCUUGUUGCACGUGAAUGUCGCGCUGCCUGCGACUGGGCUUCUAAUUCAAUUAGUUGGCUAAAUAGUUGCCCAAGGUACAGGGAUGGGUGGUCUUACCAAUUCAGCGUGAAUUGGAAUAGGCAAUUGGCCAACAUGCCAUGACGCUGUUGCGGGGCUUCUUGGGCUCAGUAAAAAGCCGAGGAAUCCGUUUGCACAACUUUCAGUUGGCUUUUUGCAGCGCAUCGUGCUGCAAGCGUUCGGUCGGUUCGGGAAUUCACCAACAGAAACAAAGGAUACCAUCAACGUUCGUGCCGUGG